AUAAUAAUUAAAUCAGUUUUCAGUAUUCAAAAUUCAUUUUUUCAUAAACGACACUCGCACUAUCUUGCUCAAAAGGUUAAAACUCACAGCAAAAGUCCAUAAAUAUGCAUUGUAAAUUAAACGUCGAACAUGUGAUUUUUCAUAAUAAAAAUCCUCUAGAUCACAACAUAUUAACGUUCAACAUGAAUACACAUUCUUGAAUUUUCAUAGUUUUAGGAUGAAUGUCUCACUGGUAGCACAGAUUCAUAUGUCAAAUUAAGGUUAGAACACAAAAAUUGGCUCUGUAGCUGUAAUUGCACAUUAUUUGUGAUUAUCUGUUAGAAACUGAAGAUAUUCUAAUGGAUAGAACGAAAUCGUAAUUAUAGGGAAAUAUGUAACUACAAAUAUUAGAGUUCGGUGAGAAAGAAUCGCACAGUGUAGAUUAUUGCAAACGUUUCACGAUGUACUGCACUCAGUGCUCUACAAGAAGGAGAAGAGACGACAGGUGACUGGUGCCUGCGCCAUGCGCAUUGCUCGCUCGACCUCGGCAACACUCGAGCACGCUCGUCAUUGCUCGGGCGCCUCCGGCGGCGAAUGGUGGGGCGAGCAGUGUAUCCGUGACGUCACAUAAUUAGAGUAAAUACAAAGUAGUCUUGAUGGGACAGCGGCGUGCGCCGCACCGUGAGUCGCUGGUCCGCGCGCGUCAAACCUAUAUCGUUUCGAUACACGCACACCGCGUUUGUGUAGCUCGUGAUAUAUUGCGCUAUGUGCCGUCAGUGUGUGUGUACCAAAGGAUCCUAGAUGACUGUGGGAAUAGUAAGUGACACUCGUGCAGCAAAGAAAUGGAAAAGAUAGAGUUAUUGGGCGGUGCUUGCUUCAGCCAUGGCCCGUACACGUUCUACAAAGCGGUUAGAAUAGGAAAUGGUCGCGUACUUCGUCUUGGAAGCUUCUUCCUCACGAAACUGUGGAGCGAUGCCGAUCUCGUCAGCAUCGGGGAACUUCAGCUGUUGUGGAUGGACAGCCGGGGACCGAAUCAACCUCUGGCAUCGUUGCGGUUGUACUUCUUGCCGGAGAACACCCCGGAUGGCCGAAGGGACACGCAUGGAGAGGACGAAGUGCUGACAAUAUCUGAAAAGGUCGUGGUGCGUGUUCAUGAUCUCGUUACGUGGUUAUCGCCUGCAUUGGAAUGGUCAUGGGGUCGGGAAGUAUCUUACCCACCGACCCCAACGUCGUCUCCGGAGAAUAGCCCGUUAAGGUAUGAGAUACCUCAACCGCAGGUGCUCACCGAUCCUGGCAUUGAUUUUUCGGACGUCGAUAAGCAACAGAAGGAGUACGAAAGCAAUCACAACACGCGAAAAUCGGACUAUAGUUCUCAAACGAAAGUGGUGGUGCUCUCGUAUCCCAGGUAUUGCCGAUAUCGAGCACUCUUACGUAGGCUCGAAGGCGCCGAACCGUCCUGGCUUUGCUCGUCCAUAGCAGCCGCACUGGGUGGAUUCACCGCCACACCGGGUACAAGGAUACUCUUCUGUAGAGAUACCUUUGACUAUCCGGAUCUUGAAACUCACGAGCUCCUCUGCAAUCAUUUAGCACCGAAAUUGAAAGGAAGGCCGAGGAGGAAACGCAAAAAGCGCAGCGCAUCGCCCGGUGAAUCGAGUAAUGAAAGUGAAGCUUCCGUUGCGUCCACGUCGAAAAGUGCCCCGGCGAGUUCGAACGUUAUGGUACCGAGCGUUGGUAGGCCACCUUCGUCGGUAGUACGGCGAAGCGAGCGGAAGACCAGCGCGGAGGAAAAGAAAUUCAUAGCGGACGUGCAGAAUUUCAUGAACUCGCGGGGUACGCCUGUCGGAAAGAUGCCACUGCUGGGCUACAGGCAGAUCGAUCUCUUCCUGUUUUAUACGAAAGUGCAAAUGCUUGGCGGUUACGAUUCCGUCAGCGCUGGCCGGCUGUGGAAGAAUAUCUACGACGAUAUAGGUGGUAAUACGGGAUCCACCAGCGCAGCGACUAUCACUCGACGGCAUUACGAAAGGUUAUUGUUACCGUACGAGAGGUAUCAAAGAGGCGAGGAAGAAAAAAUUAGACUGACGCACGGAAGACGAAGUAAAAGUAGCAGCGUAUCCGAAGAAUCCGAGGACAUUAAGCAAGAAACGAACGAUUCGUAUCCAUCGGAUACGCCUCCCCCUGUAGAAACGAGUCUUACCACUGCAAGCCCUCCCUUACAAUCAAUCGUAUCGACAGCUCCGUUCCUGUCGAACGAAAAGCCGAAAACAGAGACUGGAAAGACAUCGUCUCUACGUAGCGUAAGAGUGAAACCGGAACGUCUGAAAUCGUUGAACACCAUGAUUGCCAAUAGUACACCGUCGCCCAGCCAGCAAACCAGCCAACUGCCAAGUCCGCCACCAUCUUCUAACACAUCAAUCUCAACGCCUAGCAGCACACCUUCCACCACGCCCACGAAUGGCACUGGAGGUCAAAGCGUGUUGGAGAGACAGUUGAACAGUAGCCCCCUUAUAUCGCAACAAGUUCCACCGUCGUGUUCGCCACCGGGUCUUCCGGUAACCACAGUGGUGACGAACGCCUCUACGGUCGUCACGUUGACGCCACCGCCCGAGAAGGAUAUGAAAGAGAUCAAAUUAGAUCCCAAGCAGACCAGCUUGCUGGCGCAGGGAAAGGAGAACAUACCGUUGUUCGGUGAGAAGUCAAUUUUCGCCGAGAAGGCAAUAGUGCCCCCUAGAUCGCCGGAGGUGAUCGAUCUUGAAACGGAGAGCGACACGAGUAGGGAUAAAAUAAUCAUUCCCAGCUUCAAGAAGCGCAAACUUGAGAUACUCCGCGAGGGUGGGCUCGAGGUCACUGCCGUCGACUUGGACACGCGACCGAGCGUUAUCCAAAACAACAACAACAAUAACAACAACAACAACAACAACAACAACUCACCCGCGCCAGCAACGAUGAAAUCGGAGGAAAAGCCACCGAUAUCGUAUCCUCUUCCAGUCACGCCCAACUCCAUUCCCAAGUUGAUUUCCGUCACCGUGACGCCUGACAUAGGGCAUAUGUUGUCGUCCCCUCAAGAGCAUCAGCAGCAGCAACAGCAGCAUCAUCAUCAUCAUCAUCAAGCGAGGUUGCCAACGCCGACGAAGCAACAUCCCGCUCAUUACAACAAUAAUAACAACAAUAAUAACAACAACAAUAUCGCGAUGAACAACAACAAUAUGGUGAACAGUCGUGUGAUAAAUCUUGGCACUUCUAAUAACGCCGCGUUGCUACAAUUGUACGCCAACGCAAACGUGCCGCCACCCCCUUCGUCGGGGUUGCAUCAAGCAAAUCAUCGUUUCGUGCCGCCAACUGUCCCCAACGGUAGGAUAUUAUUCCCGCCCAAGGUGACACAGUCGAGGUCGAUAUUCGCACACAACGAAAAGACGGUUUACGGAGAUCCAAAAGAAAUUCCUAUCCCUCCAAAGUAUCGUCCCUCGCUGCAUCAUCGUUUGCAACCGCAUCCGAUGUACAGUAAUAACGAUCCCGUUUACGGCGGGGUUCUCGACUUGACACAGAAAUCCAACAAGCCGACGUACCCGAGGCCGAGCUUAGAAAUAGUGAAAGUACCUGUAGUGCCGAGGCCUAAUCCAUUAAACUUGGAGAUGAGGAACUCGUCCACGCUUAUCAAAGAAAAACCAACGGAUUGUUCGAAACGGGGCAACUUCCCCGGUUAUCAGAACGUACUCGACAGUCGAACCAUGGCUUCGAACAAUUUAGAAAUUACUAUCGUAAAUCCUAAGCAAAAGGUUAAUCACCUAAGUACACCGGCUCCUGUCCGCGUGCCGAGCCCGUCUAGAAAUACCAGCGCGAUACCUAUAACGCAAAGAAGGCAACAUCAAUUGAACGGCAAGUAUAUGACAAGGAGUGAACCAAUUUCACCUUAUACACCUAGGAAACCGAGUCAUCCUGUUAUACCGAAUGUACCUAAUCUAAAUCAUCUAAAUAGUGGAAAUUAUACCAGGAUGGCCACGAUCCAACAACAAAAUACGAUCGAUAGGAGAAAAAACGUGGAGAUAGGCGGUAAGGAGCAGCAACAGCAGCAGCAUCAUCAUCACCAGCAUCAACAUCAUCAGCAGCAUCAUCAACAACACCACCAACAGCAGCAGCAUCAACAACAUCUUCAUCAACAGCAUCAACAUCUACAUCCGCAUCCUCAUCAACAUCAACAGCAUCAGCAUCAACAACAUCACCAACAUCAGCAGCAGCAGCAACAACGUCGGAUCAGCGAGGGCGAUAAAUCGUUGACAAUCGCUCAACAACAACAUCAGCAGCAGCAGCAGCAACAACAGCAGCAGCAGCAACAGCAACAACAACAACAGGAACCAAGGCAAACCGAAGCUGGAAGAAGACACAGUGUUCCAAGUAUACCUUCUGGUUUCGUACCUGCAGUGCCGCAAAACAAUCCAGCUUACCUUCCGCAACUGCCAAAUACGCCCGGCAAGUUCCUACCGAUUUUAGACCCCAUGUACUAUUCCGCGUUCUACAAUGGUUUAUUCCCCCCGCCGAUUCCGCCCACGGCUGCAACGUCGUUUUUACCGCCGGAAUUUAGUGCAUACUAUAAAGAAUUACUUGCUUCCUCGCAACCAAGACUGGGGAUGGCGGGGCAGCACCAGCCGGCUGCUCCAACGUCUAAGUAGGCAAAUGGGAUCUCAUAUAGGGUUUCCGAGCGUGUAUAGCAUAACGUCGGUUUCAUUUCUCAAGGACAAAAAAAAAAAAAAGAUCCGUCGGAUUCCUCGCUUCGAAUUCUAUUUUCAUUGAAAUUACUCGGGAUACGACUUCCUCCGUCGUCAAUGUGUCAAUCAAACGAGAGACGGUUCAAGCGGAAAGAGAAAGAAAGGGAAAAAUUAAAAAAAGGUGUAUCUAAGUUUAAGGAUUUUUCGAUGAUCGUUUAAAAUUAAUAUUUGAAAUACCCAUUCUAAAUAUUCUAAUGAAGGUAGAUGAGGUGAUGAGGAUUGUUUUUUUUCGUUCGAAUUAAUAAAAAAAAACAAAAAACUAGAGAAGAAGUGACUAUCAAAUAUUCGAACGUGGACGAGUAAAAAAAAAAAA